AUGAAACAUGUCUAUUUAUGUAGAAGUACAAGCUACAGCUGUGGAUUUGAGCUAAAUUCUGAAGUAUGUGCUUUUAAACAAUCAGCCAAUGAUCAAUUUGAUUGGUCACGAAAUUCUGGAGAUACAAGCACUCUGUAUACUGGGCCCUCAGCAGCGGCCGAGGGGACAUAUUAUAUAUACACAGAGGUCAAUUCCAAAGUACCUUUGGAUAAAGCUAUACUUACAACUGAAGCUACAAACUUACAAGCAUGCCCUUAUUGUCUGUCCUUCAAGUACCAUAUGAGAGGGAGUAACAUUAGAACAUUAGAAGUAUUUGCUGGGGAUAAAACAUCUCUGCCAUUUCUGACAAGUAUCUGGGAAAAAAGGGGACAACAAACCACAGAUCCCGCUAAAUGGGACACUGGAACUAUAGACAUACCACAAUAUAGUAAUCUUGUUGUCACCAUAGUGGGGUCCUGUGGUUUUGGACCGAGGGGUGAUAUUGCCAUUGAUGAUAUUCUCCUAAAAACUGGUGCAUGUAAUGCUGGAGAGUAA